UUAGUUUAUUAAUACUAUAAACCUUAAUUCAACGUAUAAACAAUAGUCUCGUGUUUAUGGUGUAUAAAUGCUUGUCAAUACGAAGUCUAAAUCGUUUGGUUUUUUUUUAGUUUAUUUUAUAGUUUAUUUGAAAACAAAAUAAAAGAGGGGAAAAUCCGCCAUGUUCUGUGUGUGGCAGCGCCCGCGCUCUCACUGUGUGCAGCUGGUCGAGCGCGCGGAAUCCGGAUGUGAUGAAAACCGUUUCAGCGUAACUUUUCUUCAGCUAACUCACGAGACCCGACUCUCCUCAAAGCCGCACUGCUAACUGGAAACGCUUGUUUUUAUUUUCCUCAACAGAAUUUUCUUUUCUCCUGAAAAGCGGGUGAACUUUUCUUUGCUUCGUUUGUUAUGAGAUGAAGUUUUAACGGGACGAGAUUUAUUUGGGCGGAGGAUGAUUAACAGGAGGCACACUUGAAGUGAAACAGUGGAGUUGACAUGUUUGAAAGGGUCGACGGCUGAUACAAAAGGGUGUCUGUGUGUUUUGUUUCGGGUGUGUACAGUAUCUCGACGAGAGGUCUGGCUCAUGUCCGCGGAGACAGAGUUCCCUCCGGAGGGGCCUGUAGGUCCGGACAAGCAGCAGCAUGAGACGAGUCUGCUGCUGGAUCACUCCCAAGACACAUGUCACGCUGAUGCUGAAGGAUUGCCUGAUACCACAGAGAUGAGCACAACUCCAUUUUCCAGAGAACACAGUGCUGAUGGGCAGCUGGGCGUGAACGGGGAGAGCCCAACCCAUGGUGAACCUAUAAGAACCCAGCCUCAGCCCAGUGAUGGAGAGGCCACACGGCUGCACAAUGGCCUCCACCCAGGCAUGAGCAAUGGCCAUAGAACUCCACCAGGAACCACGCAGCCUGCAGCCUCUUCUUCUUCCUUCUCUGAGAUGAGGAAACCCCCACCUCCCGUCUCUCAGCGCGUGCAGAGAAAACUCCGCUCCAGCCUGUCCGUCAACAGCGACAGCAGCAGGAGGAGCAAAGGCAGUUCCACAGGCUCCCACAAACCUGGCUCCUCUCCAGAGGACUGUUGUGUGCACUGCAUCCUAGCCUGCCUGUUCUGCGAGUUCCUCACCCUGUGCAACAUGGUGGUGGCUCAGGCAUCAUGUGGUGCCUGCACAUCAGAGGCUUGCUGCUGCUGCUGCUGCGCAGACGACCUCGGAGACGACUGCAACUGCCCCUGCGACAUGGACUGCGGCAUUAUGGACGCCUGCUGCGAGUCCUCUGACUGUCUCGAGAUCUGCAUGGAAUGCUGUGGCAUCUGCUUUCCCACAUAAAAGCCCUGCUUGCCCGUAGAUCGCACAUGGAGACAGAGACAUCCUGUGUGUGAGAACGUGUGUGCCUGUAUAUAUGUAUUGUGUGUUUGAAAGUAUGUAUGUACACACACACACUCAAAUGAAAAACACAAGCCUGGCCUCCAUCUAGCUGUAAGAGCAGAUACUUUAUCAGUUUAAACGGACUGAAAACGUUCUGUAUUAUUUGUGUAUUUAAAGGUUAUGACUCUCAGUUAUGCUAUUAUCUCUAACUACUUUUAAGAAGUACUUUUUUACCUCCAGAAUUGUUGGCACCUUCAAGAGCAUGGGCAAAUAUUAUUUUACGAAAUAAACUACCCACAGUGAUUCAAAUUGAAUUGGAGGAGCUGCUUACCUUUUCUCUGACAAAACGUAAUAAUAGUAUUUUCUCUAAAAAUGUGGCAUAGUUUUUGACAGCCCUUAUGGAUAGCUCCAGAAAUUUCCUCUGGAGAUAGACCAUAUCUGUUUUGUGAAUGUGAGGUUUUACACUUAACCCCCCUGUUACUCACUGCCUUUAGGAAUAUUAUUUUACUUGUGUUUACUUUUGAUCAUAAUGUUUUAAAUAGGCAUAACAGAUCUUACUCACGCUCCCACUCUGUAUCAGCGCGUCUACACUGUGCGUGAGGAGCAACACGGCCUUGUUACUAACCCACCACUUCCGUGGACUUGGAGGUCGCACAUUUUCUUCCUCAGUCACUUGACAAUUUCGCCUCUCUCUGAUGGUCAUUGAGAGAAAAGAAAGUCACGUGCGGUGAUUCUGGUAUUAGGCUAAAGCUAGCGCCGUCGCAUUACGUACAUAUGAUGUCAUGUAGGAAGCGGCUUAUACUUCCGGUUAGUAAAAAACCGCUAGGUCACUUCUCUCUCGAAAACAUGCUUUAGAAAGUAAAUACUAAAAUUGUGUCCCAAAUGAAGUACUGUACACUUACACUGUGCACUCUGCACUACCGUCUAGUGUGUGGAUUUUAGAAAGGUAAUAUCAUCUCAAAUGGAACACUAAUGAAUAAAUCUCCCCCAACUAAUUGAUAAUGAGAUUCGUUGACAAAGAUUUUCAUAAUCGAUUAUUCUUCAUUAUUAUUCAUUAUUAUUCAUUAUCGUUUAGUUGUUGCAGCUCUAAUACAAUUAUAAUACAGAUUUAUGCUUUUAGUGCAGAAUCGAGGAGUGAUGAUUGUGAUCAUUACACAAGAGUCAUGUGUUUUACUCGGAUGAUAUUGAAAUGAUGUUUGGAGAAAAAAAAAGAACCACAUACAAGGAAAAAAACCCCAAGCCCACAGUAAAACACGUUGUUAUGAAGAUUGAUGGAUUCGUGAAUCUCACUAAGCACUAGGAUAUUAAAGUCCAAAACCUGCUUGUUGACUUGGCCAUAAUUGCAUGUUUCAGCAAGAUCAUGUGCCUAAAUAUACAUCCAAAUCAACACAGAAAUGGCUGCAGAAACACAAAAUUAGUGUGUCGCAACGGCUAUCUAAGUGUCCAGAUUUGACUGCUGUUAAAACUCUUGUCUGGAUUGAAGAGGGAAGUCCACAUGUGCAAACCUGGGAAUAUGACAGAAGUUGAAAAAUUUAGCAUAGGUCUAGGAUCCCACUUUUAGGCUUUGACAUCCUUGUUGGGCAUGAGAGGAAGAUGCCCAGUGCUGUAAUUAUCGCUGUAGUAGGCUUUACCAAAUAGUAUUUGUGGCCAUAAAAAAACAACUUAAAAAAAACUCUUGCUACUUAUUGUUCACCCUGCACAGGAUUCUCAAAUGUGUAGGCUCGAACUCCCUUUCAUUGCAUUGCAUGUUUAUUUUUGCUCAUUUUCAUGAAUCAUGCCAAUAAUUCUGGAGAUAUCCUUUUUUUGACGAGGUCUGUCAAUAGUGUUUCGUGUUGUACUCAGUUUAAACCAUGAUGGUGUAUUUCAUGUAUUACUCUAGAUUACAUUAGGGUAGACUUCAAACUACUUUGCUCUAAAACAACACUGUAAUGUCAACAGAUUCAUGACUCUCAGAGGUCAAGGCUCUGUGCGUGUUUUAUGGGUAUUUUUUUUUUAUUUACUCAACAAACCUGUUUUUUUCCCAGUGGUCUGUUCGGUAAAGCUUUCUUUAAGCAUUGUCUACUGUAUCUUGAUUCAUUGCAGGUCCAUAAUUUUGAGUGUGAUAUAGGAAUAUGUAAUAAGCAAUAAUGAAUUGAAUCAGUUAUGGGGGAGGAAUAUAUAUAUAU